AUGCAGAAUCGCACCCCCAGCAUAUGCCGACGGUGCGUAAACCAGCGCCUGGUAGCCAUGGGUGGCGUCAGUGAAUAUCAGCAGGAAGCAGAGAAAGAGACAUGUCGCAAAGAGGAACAGGCAGAGGUGCGGCAGCGGGCUGCAAACAUAGCAUAUUCCGGGGUGGGCCAGCGCCAGUCCAGCCAGUGGGCCCCGCAGCUCGCUGCAGUCGCCAGCGCGCGCGACCGGGCGGAGCAGCUCGCUAGCUUCUUGCGGCACGGAGCCAGACCCACCUGCAUUGUUGAUUUCAUUACUGCGUUGGAGCUUUUUGAUCUUAUCUGCGACAUCGGCGAAGGCGAUCCAGUUCUUGAGUUCGCGGUCGGUCUUGGAUUGCGCCAGGUUUUCGUUGUCCGUGAUCUCUUAAAUUAGACAUUUGUCCAUCUCUUCUGUGUAAUGGAUGAGCAGCUCUCCUUCUUUGGUUGCUUUGAGUAAGACGACGAUCGGUACGAGAUACAAUUUUUGGAAGACGGCUUAUAAUGCGCAAUAGCGGCCAUGACGGCAUCCACGUCCCGCAACCAUUCAAGAUCAGAAAAUUCACCAUCGUCCGAGUCUGUCACCAUGUGUGCAGACGGUUCAAAAUGCUUUUGUAUUGAGUUACGG